AUGAGUGGUGACGAUUACUUGACCAGCGAUGAUGACAAUGACGUUGAAAAGAGUUACGCAAGGCCCAUCUUUUUGAGAAAACGUAAGGGUGAACACCACGCUAAAACUAGCGGAGACGAAGAAGAAGACCACCACCCAUGGGUUAGGUCCGUAAACCUACCGCAGCCCCAAAACAAAGACACGCAAAAUACCACUAUACGGCUGGUACCGAUGACGAUGGACAGGCCGAAGUGCCAACGCAGAAAAAAGAAAAGAAAAAUCACUAGCACAAUUAGUCAUGACACUGCGCUUUUCGAGUACGGUGAAAGCAUAGCAGGUUACAAGUGCGUCAUGACCGAGAGCCAGAAAACACGCCUGAAACAAAGAGAUGAAAACAAAAGUACUAGUGAAAGCGAAGUGGACGUUUUCGCCUUUGACCAGUCAGAAGACCCAGAAGUUAAAGUCGAAACCGAAGAAAAUUACGUGAGAGCCAUCCGGCAAUACUGGCACAUGUCCAAAGGAGAUCCGGCCAUCUUGCCGCUGCCAGACGCGCCUACAAUGAGCGAUGUUAGCUUUGAUACGAUCAACGAACACAACGUAGAACAAUUCUACACAUUGAGCAGUGCGUUGAUGGGAGCAAAACGUCUAGACCUGAUCCGCCGCGAUAGAAUCCGGUGGCACCCGGACAAGCACCGUUAUCAUAAACCGAAAGUUACAAAACUGUUUCAAGCCAUCAAUGGCCUGUGGGAGCAAGAAAAGAGGAAGAAACAGGAAUAA